AUGAGACUGGUUUAUACUUUGCUCUCGGCAUUGGCCUUCUUUACCCUCGCUCUGGCUAGUCUUCCUGCCAUCGAGGUGGUGGGAAACAAGUUUUUUUACUCUAAUAACGGGUCUCAGUUCUUGAUCCGUGGUGUUGCCUACCAGCAAAACUUUGACAACUCCACCAAUGGUGGUUCUGUCGACUAUGUGGAUCCAUUGGCAGAUGCCAGUGCUUGUAAGCGUGAUGUCCAGUUCUUUGCCAAGUCCAACACCAAUGUGUUGAGAGUGUACGCCGUGGAUCCCGAGAACGAUCACGAUGAAUGUAUGAAGACUUUCGAGGAUGCUGGAAUCUACAUCAUUGCUGAUUUGUCUGAACCAAGCACUUCUAUUAACAGAGACUCACCUGAAUGGAACUUGGAGUUGUAUGACAGAUACACGUCUGUCAUUGACAUGUUCGCCAACUACUCGAAUGUUUUGGGUUUCUUCGCCGGUAACGAGGUGUCGAACAACAAGUCCAACACCGAUGCUUCUGCUUUCGUCAAGGCUGCUGUCAGAGACAUGAAGAAAUACAUCAAGGACAAAGGCUGGACCUUCCCUGUUGGAUACUCGUCCAACGAUGACGAGGACAUCAGAGUUGCCAUUGCUGACUACUUCUCCUGCGGAAGUCUCGACGAAAGAGCCGACUUUUUCGGUAUCAACAUGUACGAAUGGUGUGGAGACUCUACUUUCAAGACUUCUGGUUACGAGGAUAGAACCGAGGAGUACAAGAACUUGACCAUUCCAGUGUUUUUCUCUGAGUACGGUUGUAAUGCUGAGAGACCAAGAAAAUUCACUGAGAUCGGAACAAUUUUCAGUGACGAAAUGACCGAUGUGUGGUCUGGUGGAAUUGUCUACAUGUACUACGAGGAAGAGAACGAUUACGGACUUGUCUCUGUUUCCGGCAACUCCGUCAGCACUUUGGCUGAUUACUCGUACUAUUCCAAGGAGAUGAACUCCAUCAGCCCUAACUUGGCUAAAUCCUCCGAAGUUGGUGCUGCUUCUACCUCAACUCUUGCUUGUCCAGCUUCUGCCUCUACCUGGAAAGCCAACACCGUGUUGCCUCCAACCCCAGACAAGAACGUUUGUGACUGUGUUGCUGCCUCCUUGAAGUGUGUUGUCAGUGACGAUGUCAAGAGCAAGGACUACGGUGACUUGUUCGGCAGUGUAUGUGGAGACAUGGACUGUUCGGCUGUCAGUGGAAACGGUGAGAACGGUACUUACGGUGCUAUCUCCUUCUGUUCUGACAAGGAGAAGUUGUCUUACCUCCUCAACAAGUACUACCAGGACAGCGGUGAGCACUCCAGUGCCUGUGAUUGGGAUGGACUGGCUUCUUUGCAGAGCACCUCUGCUGCAGCCAGCUCUUGUUCUGCUGUUGUCUCUUCUGUCUCGGCCAACGCUGUGGCUACUUCAGACAGCUCCAACUCCUCCGGCUCUUCUGGUUCGUCUUCGGACUCUAGCUCUUCCUCGGACUCGUCUUCGUCGUCCACUUCUUCUAAGAAGAGCAGUGCUAACAUUUCUGCUCGUCCAUUCUCUAUGGGUGAGAUGGCCGCUGUCGGAGCUAUGGUGAUGUGUUUUGUGGGUGGUUUCACUAGUUUCCUCUUGUAA